UUUGCCGAGGCUCUCAGUUUGCAUUUCGCUCUCGAAGGAAAAGCUCGUGAUGGAAAAUCCACGGAGAAUUACCGAUUUGCCGUUGGAAGUCCUCGAUCUGAUAUUCAGUAAUCUUAGCCAACUAUCAAACAAAGUGACGUUGGCUCAGGCUGAUGAAAAGCUGGGAAAAGCUUUUGCCUACCACAGCCGCAAUGGCUACAGGCGACUCUCGCCCAACGGAAGGCUAAGUCCCGAACUGUGGGUGAUUCUCAUUAGGGAAUGUGGCCCGUCAAUUGAGGAACUUGUGUGCGAUGGAAGGAGUCUAGCCUGGAACGACCUUAUCGCCCAGGCAGUUGUUAAUUACUGUCCCAAUCUUAAAUUGGUAUCCAUUUGUCUAUAUAGGUCAGGUCGUGUCAGCGCCGAGGCUUUUCUAAUACAAAUGAAAAACAAGCUGACAUCGGUUACAAUAGACCAACAAGAUCAUUUCGCACCUACAAUUUUAGGCGCGGUGGCUGAAAUUACCGAACUAAAAAAUUUCUCAUUUAUGGGAAAUGUGGACGAAAACGUUGAUCUUUUACAGAAACUGGUCGCCCUGGAAAAGUUGGAAAUCGAACACAUAUAUUAUAUAGACGAGCCGUCUGUUAAUUUACUACAGAUUUGUGCCUCCCAAAGGAAUCUGCGCGAAUUGAGUGUGGUCAAAAUUAAAAUACUGCCUUUUGAGGAAAAUAAUUCUACGGUAUGGGCAAGCUUGGAAUCAUUGACUUUGAACCAGUGCAUAAUUUCCUUCGAACUGCCAGACUGCCCUAAGCUUAAAUAUUUGGAAAUUCAAUAUCCUAGGUGUCAUAUGGAAGACUAUAUCCUCAAAUUUAUUCUGAAAAAUGGUAGUAAUAUUCACACCUUGUAUGAGAGAUGCUAUCCGUCAAUUAAUGCUGACGGCUUUCUCCAACUGCUACGCAGCUGCCCUAAAUUGAGAUACCUUGAUACUCCUAUGGAGUAUAUAAAGCUGUAUUUGGCCUAUGUGAACAAUAUAAUCGAAAUACUAAGAGAAAAUGGAGUCACUCCAGAGGACCCAUUAGAACUGGUUGUAUGUAGGCGUAUUAAGUGGAAAUGGAUGCGACGAUUGCUGCUUAAAGCCCCAAAUUCAAACUUGAUCGAUUUGUAUGAGGGCACUGAGUAAAAAAGUAAAGAAAAAAGAAUAUUCUGUUGAAAUAAAACUAAAUAUAUGCAGUUGAAACUAAGAGAAUAUUACUAAAAAAUCUUCCUGUAAGUAUACCACUAAAAUUAAAAAUAAGAUAUA